AAAAAAUAUAUCAACCUGUAAACAGUGUUGUCUGCUUGCUAUAGAAAUUUGACAGGUCAAGAAGAUUGUCUGAGCUGUUGUUAAAAUGCAGUCUGUACCGGUCCCCAAUUCGUCAGUGCCAGUCCACAAAGAAAUGUUGACCUCUUCUCCCAAGACGUCUGACGAGACUCCCACAGCCAUCACAAUAAAGAAACCUAUUCCAGUUGUGCCCAACACGCUACCACUGUUAUCCCAGCUGACAUCAAUUAAAGGACCUCAGCCAACUGGCAUUUCAGCAAGUCAGAUUGCAGCACGUCAGUUACACCAGUCACUGCAAACAUCAGGUGGUUCAGUUGCACAUACUGGUCAUCAUGGUAACAUAGUGCGACUUUCUGCCGGAAAAACCCACACUCAGGAGGAAUACUACAGGAAGUGGAGGCGCCUCAAGAAAGUUGUUAAAGAUAUUGUUUUUGUGAAUGCCUCGAUGUGUGAUGAGGUGAUACGAGUGGAGGAAAAACUUGCAAAAGCCAAGGAAGAAAGAAGGUUUCUCUUACGGAAACUUCUGCAGUACCAUUCAGUAAAUGAAACAGCAUCAACUCCCAUAAAACAGGAAGUGAUAUCGACACCAACAACGUCCAAACUGCCGGUUAGUCUUCCCAUUCUGCCUGACAGUACGCCCGAGAGUGUCGUCAAGCCAAAACCCAAGAAGAAAGUCACACCCACCACUCCUGUUACUAGUGGCGACAAGAAGAAAAGUGUAGUGUCUAAGGAUAGCACAGAUCCAGCUCAGCCGAAGCCUAAACGCCUGAAGCACAGUGCAAACAAACGAGUAACAAUCCCACCUCUGACGCUUGACCUCAUGGGCAGACCACUCUUUCCAAUUGUUCUCAAUGAUCUCACUAUCUACAGUAUAGGGGAGAUUGUUUCGGAUCGUCUGGGUUUCCACUCUACGGAGAGUAUCUAUCCCGAGGGUUACUGCAGUACUCGCCUGUACGCCAGCAUGAAACUCGACCAGACAUGUCUGUACACCUGCAAGAUUUCAGACGAUGGAUCAGGGCCCAUUUUUGAGAUUGCCCCCGAAGACUGGCCAGAGAAACGUCUUCGAGGUCAAAGUCCAUCUGAAUGUCACAGUCUUCUACUCAAAGCAAUUAACAAGGCAAAGGGCAUGGACAUUCUUCCGACAACUGGACGUGGGUGUGACUUCUUUGGCCUGACGAACCCGGUAAUCCAGAAUCUUAUACAGAGCUGCCCGGGGGCGCGCAAGUGUUCUGGGUACAAGUGGAUGAAGUUCGAGGUCAACAAGAAUCUCAACAUUGAGUCCAUCAAUCACGGCCACGGUGACCCAACUGUCAGCUUCACCGCUUUGAAAAGUUUAGCGAGUACUGCAGCAGUGAAAUCGUUGUCAACUCAUUUGGAACCUUCUACAAGUUUACGGUCAUUACUGACCAGUGGUCCUUUUUCUACAAACAAGAGCCCCAAUCUGAAGUGAUUUGUUUCCACAAACAAGAGCCCCAGUCUGAAGUGAUAAUGUCUACAAACAAGAGCCCCAGUCUGAAGUGAUAUUGUCUACAAACAAGAGCCCCAGUCUGAAGUGAUAAUGUUUACAAACAAGAGCCCCAGUCUGAAGUGAUUUGUUUCCACAAACAAGAGCCCCAAUCUGAAGUGAUAAUGUCUACAAACAAGAGCCCCAGUCUGAAGUGAUAUUGUCUACAAACAAGAGCCCCAGUCUGAAGUGAUGUCUACAAACAAGAGCUCCUAUCUGAAAUGAUCAUUUCUACAAACAGGAGAAGCCCCAGUCUGAAGUGAUAAUUGUACAAACAACAACCACAGCCUGAUGUGAUAAUUUCUAUAGCCAAGAGCACCAGUCUGAUAUGAUCCCGAUAUGAUUAUUUCUAUAGACAAGAGCACCAGUCUGAUAUGAUCCUGUUAUGAUUAUUUCUAUAGACAAGAGCACCAGUCUGAUAUGAUCCUGUUAUGAUCAUUUCUAUAGACAAGAGCACCAGUCUGAUAUGAUUAUUUUCUAUAGACAAGAGCACCAGUCUGAUAUGAUCAAACCUUGAUGAUUCAUGCUAUCUUUUAAUAUAAGAAUUGGAGUAAUGAAGUGUAUUUCAUUUUUGUAUGUAAAUCCAGACUUUUGUAUAUUUACACUUUUGUAAGGUGCAAUCAUUGGUACAACUAAAUAUCUAAUAAAGAAUUCAUAAAGAA